CUGGGGAAGUUGAGAGAGCGUUCCUGGGCCAUCUGCUCUAGGGAGAGGUGACCCCGGCUUUUGCUUGGUGGGCCUUCCCCUAUCCCCAGCCCUCUCCUUUGGGCUAAGGAGAUGUUGCCUCUGCCUCUCCCCCUUCCCCUGCUUGCUUUAAUCAAAGGGCCACUUUCUGAAUUGGCUGUGGCCCUCACUCCAGGACUUGGAGCUACCUCUGUUCCCUGAAGGAGAGAAAGCUGGACUCCAUGAGCUCUGAUAAGAAAGGUUUGGGCAGUGGGGUUGAGCUUGGGUCCCUGAGCUGUGGCCUAACACGCUGCGCACAGGCUGGGUGGGCUGGUCUUGUUCCUUGGUUUUGCCUCUGGGCAUCAGGGCAUGAAAGGGCAGGGACAUAACCCAAGGUCCCCGUAUGCAUGUCUGCCCAUCUUAUACAUAUACCCAUUGCCAGGUUUUGAGGUGGCAGGCAAGCUCUCCAGGGUUUCUGGUAAAGCCAGCAGCCAGGUUUAUUUGCCUCUUCUGAUGGGAGCCCUGGAGUAGCAUGCUAUGAGCUAUCCAUAUGACCUUAGCCAUUGGAGGUGGGAAGGGGAGAUGCCCUCCUGGUUUAGGCACUGGCCAGAUGCAUACCAACACCUUUGGUGCCCAUACGAGAGUAGUAAGUUUGACAGCUGCAUGGGGCCUGAGUGUGUUUUUGUCACACGUGUGCAUGGGUGAUCUCCAGGCUGCCUCUGCUGGGCUGGCAUUCAUCCUCCCUCUUGCCCAGCUUUACUCACAAGACCAGCAGGAGGAAAUCAAGCCUUAGCUUUUCUGGCCCACGUAGUUUGCUGGAUAGGAGGACAGUUAGACCCCCAGCCCGACCCUGUCUCUUGCCUCUUGUCUUCCUACAGUCAAAAGCCCAUUAACAAGAAAGUGCCUGCCCACUGCGAUGGAGCUGCCAGCACCUCCUCCCCUCCAGAUCCGGGCCCCAGGCUGCUGCCGCUUUUUAUAACUUUAUAUUAUUUUUUUUAAGAAAAAAAACUCUUUAAAAUACCUCAAGACUGUCUCCCUGUUCUGUUGCUGCUAAGAAAAUAUAAAAACAGAAACGUAGAAAAGGAAGGAAAGAAAUGUAACAAAAUGAGUGUCCUUACUGUCCCCAGCUGCUCCCCAGGAGGCUGAGAUGAUAGGCAGUCAGACUCCAGCUCCCGUCACUUGCCUGCAAAAAAAAAUCUCUUACACUCGUAUAUUUUUGUCCUUUUAGUCUGUGGAAAUGGCUGAGGGUUGUAUCACUGGGGGAGUCUUAGGAUGAGGAGGCAUGUGGCUCGGAGCGAGCAAGGGGACUACAGUCCCACUGGGAAAGGAAACUUGAUGGGGGAGGGGAGCCACACCUCUGGCUCUACUCUUGGAUCUUGGCCUUGAAAGUCUGUGGAUGUCCGCCUGUGGUCCUUUUCUGGUCUUCCAGCAAUCCUGCUCCUCCGUCCGGUCUCUGAAUUUCUGCCUCAGUUUCUUCAGCCCUUUCUGUCUCUUACUAGUAGCCUUAUUUUCUCAACCACUGGAGCUUGAGUUGGUAAUUGCACUCAGGAUGUCCCUGAUUUCUGUGGGACAGCCUGGUUUUGGUCUUUCUCCAUGGCCUGUGGGUUUACCCUUCAGGAAGGGGUACGGCCUCUCCCAGGUAGGCCUCCUUAAGCUGAACCACACCCUUUUUUGGAGGCAGGAAGGGAAAAGGUAUCCUCACUUACAGAACUUCCCUUAGUGUGGGAGGCAGCAGCUGUGUGGGAGGCCCUAGCCCCUCAGGUUCGCCUGGCUCCCCAGGGCUGAGCAGAUGGUGUGGAGGCGGCAAGGGCUGGGAGUGCCCUAGUUUUUCCAUUUGUCUCACUGGGGACAACAGCUACUGUGCAGACAGGGGAUACGACUGUUGCACGUCCUUCCUUUGGUCCUCAAACCUGAAUUCACCAGGCACAGGGCACUAGUUUUUAGCCUUCUCCUGUCCUUUCCGUCUCCUUGCUUUUAGGCAGGGAGGGAUCUUAUUCCCUUAACAAGACAGAAGAAGAGGUGGCAGGAGAGAGUGGGCAACCAGGGAAAUCCAGUAUUUCUGGAAAACUGUUCAAAACACUGGUUUCACACUCUUGGUUCAGUAUACCAAAUCUGUGAUUCGGGUGAAAUAAGUUGUCGUAAAUGUAGUUUCCACAGGCUAUUUGAGACAUAAGCCCCGUCAGCCCGGGUAGACAUAAAGAUACACAUGAGUUGGGCAGAAGACACACGGUGGGCCCGGAGCUGUCCAGUCGCCUUCUGCCCUCGGGGCUCUCCAGGACGGAUGCGCUUUCCCCCAGCCCCCAGAGGGCGCUGUGGACGAACCGCCGCAUUGCCGGCGGCGUCCCGGGGAGGAGCCUCUCCCGCAGCUGAGGCCGCCUCCGCGAUCGCAAACCCGGAAGACGUGCCCUGGCAGCUGGAAGUGUGGGGCGGCUGGGCACCGCCAUGCAGUCCCUGGAGGUAGGUCUGGUUCCCGCUCCACAGAGGGAGCCGAGACUGACCCGGUGGCUGCGGAGAGGCAGUGGGAUCUUGGCGCACCUGGUCGCUUUGGGCUUCGCCAUCUUUCUGACAGUGCUGUCCCGGCCAGGAACGAGUCUUUUCUCCUGGCACCCUGUAUUCAUGGCCUUGGCGUUCUGCCUCUGCAUGGCUGAGGCCAUCCUACUCUUCUCGUCUGAGCACUCCCUGUUCUUCUUCUGCUCCCGAAAGGCCCGGAUCCGACUCCAUUGGGCGGGGCAGACCCUAGCCAUCCUCUGCGCAGCCCUGGGCCUGGGCUUUAUCAUCUCCAGCAGGACCCGCAGUGAGCUGCCCCACCUGGUGUCCUGGCACAGCUGGGUAGGGGCUCUGACAUUGCUGGCCACUAGCGUCCAGGCACUGUGUGGGCUCUGCCUCCUCUGUCCCCGGGCAGCCAGGGUCUCAAGGGUGGCUCGCCUCAAGCUCUACCAUCUGACAUGUGGACUGGUGAUCUACCUAAUGGCUACGGUAACAGUGCUCCUGGGUAUGCACUCUGUGUGGUUCCAGGCCCAGAUCAAAGGUGCAGCCUGGUACCUGUGUCUGGCGCUGCCCCUCUAUCCAGCCCUGGUAAUCAUGCACCAGAUCUCCAGCUUCUACUUGCCAAGGAAGAAAAUGGAAAUGUGAAUUCCUCCAAACUGUGAAUCAAGAUGGGACACUUGACUUGGACUUCAGUGGUUCCUUUGGUGACCUUCAGGGAUCUACUUCAGAAGUGGUAGGGUUUUUGUAUUUCUUAGCUGGGCUAGGGGCUGCAGAAACCCAAACUGCUGUUGCUGACAGAUGACUCAGUGGGCCCAAAUGGGGAAAUGUACGGGGUGCAAGUGAAAGGUGAUGGGGAGCUUGAUCCUGAAGCCUCCACUCUUGAUGGGAGACAGAAGUGUCGGGUGGUGGUGGUGAUGGUACUGGCAGUCAUUUCUUGCUUGCAUGCUUGGUGAAAAGUUGGAUUCCUGUAACUUAUGAAUGACAGCUAUGGCUCUUUGGGUCACUUUGAGAAAGCAGUGUAGUGGAGAGAGCCAAUGGGUCUUGUUUAUGGGGUGUGGUCCUUGUACACGCUAUUGUGGGACCUUAUGCGAGUCACAUGUCUCAGGACCUCAGUUUCCUCAUCUGUGUAAUGAGUGAUUGUUUCUAAACAAUUUCUCUUAACAUUCAGUGUCUGUCAAGUUGAUGUCACAGAACACCCUCCCAGGUCUGAACCGUGGGUUGGCCCACUCAGCAGACUCAGAGUGUAAUUCUUACAUUCAUUGUCUCCUUACCCCUCUGGAGGGACAGGUCUGCUCUCGUGGCCUUUCAGGAAUCUGUGCCGAUUUGGCCCCUGCACCAGGGGACAAGGGGUCAGGCACUGUGGAGAGAAGGGGCCCAGGUGAGGGUCUCCAGAACAUCAAGACAGUAAAGGCACUAAAGUCACUUUAAAACUUUUGGAGGAGCAAAAGGGCAUUGGCUUAACUAAGCCUCGGCUGGGCUUCUUAGCCCAGCUAAGAACUUCCUUCAGCUCACUUCAGGAUCUGGGCUUGAGGGCUGCGAGACAUCCAUUCUCAGUGGCAAAGUAGUCCUGAACAUCUCAUGUUUUGUCCUUCUUAGGGCUCAGGUCCUUGCCUUAGCACAUAGCUUCGUGGAGCUCUUCCGAAGCUGUUAGAACAAAAUAAGAGUCAAGGAAAUGGGGCAGGGCUCUUCUGAUCUAAGAGAAAACAAAGUGUCUCUGGUUCCCCUUCUCCCCUUGUCAGCUAAGCUUUCCUCAAGUGUCAUCUCUUGCCAGCUCUUUGGCCCAGGACGGGGCUGAAUUUGGUGCCAGCUGGCAAAUGAGGGCUGGGCUCUCUUCCCUGCAGAGACCCCUCCUUGUUCCAAACUGAAAGUAUCAGUAGUUCCCCAGACUGCCCUCGGUGAUAAGGGCUGGCUGCUAGAUUGGUUGACUGUCGUCUGGCUCAGUCGGGGAGCUGGGACCUCCGUAGACCAUGGCAAAUACUGAAAACGGCUGAGCCAGGAAAUUGGUGUUAAGGCUGGUAGAGAGAGCUCAGUGGGAACUCUGGGAGGCCUGGGGUGUAGGGCCUGGAGCUCUAGGUCCCAGGAGCAGGGGUAGAUGUUCCUAGAUAGCAAUAUUUUGGAUAUCUCAGGUCUUUAGAAGAUUCAAGACCUCCUUUCUGGGUGGCUCAGAAGCAGGGAGGUUGGUAUGAUUCAACAGUACAGGAGUGAGAACUGCAGGGGCAGAGGGUUCUCUGAGCGGACCUCGCUAGGAUCCUCCCGGGUCAGGUGUCAUCUCCUAGGAGCUCUCCAGACCCUGAGCAUCUCAAGGGGGACCCCUGCUAUGCAGAGGGUGAUUGUUGCUGUCUUUUUCAUUGCCCUCUCUCCCCUCUCCAACUCCUCAGUGUGUUCUGAACUUGGGAGAGAUGGUUGCUGGGGCUGCAUGGAGGAGAUUCUCACUGAGGGUCGCUUUGAUCAGGGAGCCCAUCACCCCUUGCCCACCACAGUCAGUGCUGGGAGUCUUACUCUGUCUAUAGCAGGGUAGGAAGGCUGGGGGGGGUUCACCAGCUUGCUCUGGGAGCCAAGCAGGCAACACCAUAAAGCCCGAGCCUGCCUGAGGUGUUGCCUCCUCCCAGGUGGUGCGGGGGCUGGUGAGCGGGCAGGCUGGCUGACAGCCGGCAGUUUGCGUGGGCAGUGCCAGCUGAUGUCUAUUCCCAGCCCUGGGAGGAAGGGGGAAGUCAUUUAUAUUCCGCAGGAGGAAGGGGUCCCAGCUGUCACUUCUCUGACCGGUAGGCCUCGGGGGUGGGGGGGCAGAGGCACAGGGCAGAGAGGGGGGCACAGGUGGUCUCCUGCUUAGCCAGUCUGAUUGCAGUAUAGGGAGGAGGUCGCCAGGAGGAGCCCUUCUUCCUAGCUGGCCAGAUUGUAGGGGGACUUCCCUCCGCUCCCCUCCUUUCUCCUUCCAUCACCACCUGCCCUCACAUCCUGGGGCAGCAGCUGGGCAACCAUUAGACCUCAGUGCCAGAGCACUCUUCCUCCAGCUGGGAUCUCGGAGGCUGACGGCUGCAUAUGCCUCUUGCUUGUGUGUUUCCUCCUCCCUACACCCUCUAUCCCCCCACCUCCCUGUAUCUCCCCAUCUGGGGUGUUAUCUGGGCUCCUCAGGAGUGAGGCAGAGGCCUUGUGGGAGAAGCAAAUGGCUGCCCUUUUGCCCUUGUCCCUUAACUAGGGAAAGCUGCUAGUAGCCAGCCUGUUUUGCCUUUUAAAAAAAAAAGCCAGGGUGUUCAAGUUUUUUUAAAUUCUGUGUCAUUUGCACAAAUUUGCAUAUCAAGCUCACUAAGUCCUGAUUCCGAAUAUGAUUACAUUCAAACUCAGCCUUGAGGACAUUAGAAAUAUAGAUGCUUUUUGUAUCUAAAUCCAAAUGGUAAUAGGAUCACCAUUCUGGGUUCACAUACCACCCCAAAGCCCCCAUCUUUCCCAUAGCCACCGCUUUCCCACCCCAACACUUCCCCCCGCCCUGCCCCUGGCUGGGGGGUGGUGUUGAAUGGCAGGAGCUCUGUCUGGGGAAGUCUCCCAGCCUCACCUUCUUGGCUUUUCAGCUGCAUCGAAGGUAGGCUGCUAUCUCUUGCCAGCCUGUGCCUCCUCUGUCCGCACCCUCUCACAGCGCAGACUACCUCUCCCCACUCCAACACUGGCCUGUCCCUUCCUUCUCAUCGUCCCCACCCUUCCACCCCUGGGCAUGGCUGCCGUGGGUCUUGUUUUUAAAACCUCACCGUGGGAGAGCCAGGCAUUCUUCCUGAGCCAGCUGGCUGCUAUGCCAAGGCCCGUUCGGAGUUAACAACAAUCAUUAGCUGAACAGUGCUGGGGCUUUUCAGCUCCAGAUCUCUAAGCACUUGCAGGCUGAGUCAGCCAGCCCUCACCUUCCCCCUCUUCUUGGGCUGAAGAGGGAGGAGGGGUCAGGAGUCUCACCUCCCAGCCAAGCCUCAUCCUUCCUCUGGGAGCGGGCCCUGAGCAUCCUCUGAGUAAACUAAUAAGGCCUUUUCACCUGACAAAGGUCAAGAUGUAGGGAACGUAGUACAUGCUCCACUGACACUGGUAGUGGUGGCUGUUGACCUUGAACCUCUAGUACUCCUGCCCUUCCUUCUGUUGACCUGUCUUGGCCUCCAGGGGACACCCCUGACUCCCUCAGCAUUUCUGGUGGCCCUCUGCAGGCUUAGGGAGCAGGGAGGCGUCUGGUUCAGUGCUCCCGCUGCCCCUGCGUCUGGUUGGCAUAAAGAGCCUACAUAUCAUGAAGUGAAAAGUGAAUCGACCUGGGAGCUAGGAAACCUGCAGUCUGGGUUUACCCAGCUCCUAACACUGGUGUGGCCACAGGCAAAUCACUUACUGCUUGACCUAUCUCACAGGGAUGUUGUGAGCGCUAGAUGACAGAAUGCUAUGUUAACAGGCAUUGGGAAGUUCAAAGCAUUAAACAGAUGUAAACAGGUGGUAUUACGUGCUUGUCCUUAUCUCUCUUUCACUCAACCUGGCUCUGGGUUUUAUGCUUCUUUUAGGGAGGCAAUAAACAGUUAUGGAUAAUGAUGCUUAGAGGACCCAAGUCUCUGAGAGGUUGUGUUGCUGGUCAUCACUGGAGAACACAGACAUUUCCUCCUAGAUGCAAGGUCAGGAAUGCCACCAAGGCUAUGACUCUAGUGAAGCUUGCCCUGAGUGCUGCCAGCUAGUGCUUUCAAGUCACAGGGCUGAUUGCAAAUCUGGGAGUCAGUUAUCCCCCAGGUCCAGCCUGAAGUUCCUGGAGCUGGUCUUAGUCUGGAGCUCCUGGUCACAAGUCUAUCUAAAUUUCUCCUACCUAAUUCUGCUCUUCUGAGGGAAAGGCAGAGCAGACAAUCCAGGAAGGGAGGAGCAACAGCAAUGGAUACAACACUGCCACACCAACCCUCUGGUUUCCCCCAUAGCCACAGGCUGCCUCAGGCCCUCACCCAGGCACAGCGUGGAGGUGGGGAGCUGUGAGACACAACCCCUGGCUUGUUCACGGGUUUGUUUCUCCUUCCUUGUUUCAGGCUCUUGGAGUAGGAUCACAGCCCCUUCCUCCUCAAAGGACUUUAUUGGAAUUAAAACACACAUGCACAUGCACACACACAUACACACGCCAUGAAAGCAGUUAUGUUUAAAUUAGAAGAAGGAUACUUUCCAUUCCAUUGGUCUGAGAACAGCCAGCAGUCUGCCUGGAGUGGACACAGAGAGGCAGGCACCCCAGGAGCGCAGAGGCUUCAGUAUUUGUUUUUUAAUCUUGGUGGGUUUUAUUUUAUUUUUCUCUGUCCUGGGAUCCAGGAAUGAAACACUAGUCAGGCGUUGCAGUCAUGGCCUCAGCAAAGCAUAGGCACAGAGAAGACACAGCUGAAAGGCAGGAGGAUAGUGGCCCAGAACUGCCCUGGAUGGUGGUUUGAUGUAGACAGUCUCCAGCACUGGGCUAAGCUUAAAGCAGACAGAUUUCCUCCAUUCCCUCCAGUAAGACCGCCUUCUCCCUACCCACCCACCCACCC